ACUGAUUCUUAGUAUUAUUAGAUAAUCUCCUUAUUUAAAUUCUAUUAUGAGCUUUUUUAAGUCGAUUUGUACUGCUCAUUUAAAAUAUAAAAGAUUCCAACUACCACGUAUAGCUUAUAUUAGUAAUCUGGCAGACACAGCAGGUGGAGCAACCCCUUCUCAGGUUGCAGAUGUGCUUAAAAAACGGGAAAAAGUUGCAGAAGAAGAAUAUAUUAAAAGGAGAGAAAUUGAUAAAAUAAAGAAAAAUCAAAAAGGUGAUACAGACAAGAAAGAUAAAGAGGAUUUUCUUCGUUAAUAAGAAAGACAUAUAGUAAAACGUUUUGAUAUCUUUUUUUAUUAA